UGUUACCACAGAUCACGUAUUUGGUUUGGUGAUAUUGUAAUCGAAUAUGGCAUUCAAAGUUUUGUUCUUAGCAGCGUUAAUUUUGAAGGCAAUAACGGCACAGCGAAUCGUGGCAAACAAUUAUCAACCUUCAGUACCCAUCACAGAUGUUAUAAGAUCACAGCAAAUUCCAAUAUUAUCCGCAGCCGAAAGUGAUGUACUGUGUAAAAACUUCGCAUCCGCUAUCCAAAGCGUUAUCUUGGACAACUUCGCGCAAAACUGUUACAAAAAACCGGUUUUCAACAAAAUAGCACAGCCGCUAGUUAAUGACAUAGCUACUACCAUAUGCACAUGUCCAGUCUGCUCUGCCGUUAAUAUAACCCCAAAUUCUUAUUCCAAAAACUACAUAUCACCAAACGCAGUUUCUGGGAUUAUCAAUAACGCAAACGGUUUAGCUAACACCGUUUCUAACACUGUUAUAACGAGAUCCUUAGCUGCUAAACCCAACGUUGUGAAUGCUAAUUCUAUUAAUUAUGGUGAUUUAAUAUCACUAUUGUCUGGAUUAACUAGAAUGAAUGGACAAUGCGGUUGCAAUAACCAGGUCGUUAUAUAAUUUGUUUUGUAUUAUAGUUUAUUUAUAAUUAAACAUAAGUUAUUUAUUGAAAUAAAAAUAAUUUAACA